GCGUGAAAAUAUUUCAAUUUCACAACACCAGAGAGGGAGAGUGCGGGAAAACCCCCGUCCCUUCGAAAUUUCGAAUCCGCUCCCCCACCUCCCCGGCCCCUCUCCGUAAAUUUCCGACAUUUCGAUUAGCUACAAAUUAUUUUCACAAUUCUAAUUUAUUAUUAAUUCUUCGUAUUUCCUACUUUCAGUUCAUCCAAUUUAGGGUUCCAUCCUGUUCAAUUUUGGCGAGUUCCUGAAUUCAAUAUCCGAAUUCUAGGGUUUUAGCGACAAUGGGGAAAGUGAAGAGAGAGAAAGGCACCACUAGUGCUGUAGUUAGAGAAUUGAGGGGUAGGAAAACUGGCGCCGUUUCUACUUCCGGUGAUUCCGCCGCUGAACAUCAGAAUCAGCCGCUGCAGCGGAAGUCACGGCCACCGCCGUCGCAGAAGAAUGGUAGUGGAGGAGAAGAAGAGGAGGAAGAAGAUGAAGUUGUUGUAAGGAGAAAUCUCCGUUCGAAAUAUCUCGCCGUCAAAAAUUUACUCUCCGGUGGAGCGGCUGAUUCCGAUAAGUUCAAGGCUAUGAUUGAUGAAGUUGAGAGUUUGCAUAAGAAAGUUCGGAAGCCUCGUGAGCAAGUAGCUGAUGCAGAGGCUUUGUUUGACAUUACAAGCAGUUUCGUGAAAUCUGUUAAGGCACAAAAAAAUGAGGGAGUGACCCCAUCAGAUUUUGUGUCUUGCUUGCUUAAGGAUUAUGGUCGGCAAGGUAGAGCUACCAGCAGUAUAGAUGAUUCUGGGAACUCCAUAAUAUGGAAAGACAUUGGGCUUGCAGUUUCUCAUAUCUUCAGAAAAGGCACAGGAUGUUCUACCAUGCUAGGGCCUAUGAGUUCCGAACUAAAGCGAAGGAAGACUGUAGUUCGGAAAAAACAUGUCAAACCAACUGAUACUUCACGGCCUGAAGAGCUCGAUAACACUACGGAAGAGAAAACUGACACGGACAAGAAUAUGUCAAUAAUGUUUGGCAUUUUGAGGAAAGACCGAAGGGUCAGACUGGAAAAUCUAAUUUUGGACAGAAGUUCUUUUGCACAGACAGUAGAGAACUUAUUUGCUUUGUCAUUUCUAGUGAAAGAUGGAAGAGCUGAAAUUACUGCGAACAAGAAUGGCCAUUUUGUUUGCCCUAGGAAUGCUCCAUCUGCUGAAGCAGUCACAUCAGGCAAAGUUUCAUACAGUCACUUUGUCUUCAGACUUGACUUCAAGGAUUGGAAGUUGAUGUUGGAUUCUGUUGGAGAAGGCGAGGAGCUGAUGCCACACAGGGUUCCAGCAGAAACAUCUGCUCAUUCAGAGUUACCAACAGAACCAGAAAACAUAGUUCAUGAAAAAGCUGCUACAACGACUCCAAUAAGAAAAUUAUCAAGAAAUCGAGGUCUAGUUCUACAGGAACAGACCGUUGUUGAAGGCUCACCAGAGAGUGAUGAAAAUGAAUCAAGAUCUGCUUGUAUCAGAAGGGGAAAGCGCAAAUUAAUAUGAGCUUGUGGAUGAAUUGUACAGCAUCUUGAUCUUAGGCUUAGGCAUUCUCAUAUAGCAGAUAUUAGGAUGUUCAUAAUUUUUGUUUAGUUUCAUCUAAUGCUUCUGAUUUUGGAAGACUUAACUUGUGUAUUCUAGUAAUCUAGUUGUUUCUUGA